AUGAAACCAUUCCAAUUUCCAAUUGUAGCCCUGUGGGUGGCACAAGCCUUGGGACAAGAUACAGCACAGAGCCCUCUCCAUAACGAGGAUCAAACUAUCGGCGAUGUGCCUCGCGUAGUGUCAAAAGAUCUCGACGAAUUUAUUGAGCGAAUUCGAGAAGAGUGGCAUGCCCCAGGUCUAGCCGUUGCAAUUGUUGACGGGAACAACACUUGGGCAAAGGGUUAUGGCUACGCCCUUCUCAAUUCCACACCCGUCACCCCGCAUACGCUUUACUUCACCGGCAGCACCACCAAGUCCUUCACUGCCGCCGGCAUCUCCCUCCUCAUCGACAACGCGAGCGUGACCUCUUCAGUAUUCCCUGGACUCAAUUGGAAGACGCCGGUAUCCCACAUCCUCCGCGAUGACUUUGUCCUCGGCGAUGAGUGGGCUACGGCUCACAUCACUCUCGAGGACGCUAUGAGCCAUCGGACAGGCUACCCUCGCCAUGACCUGGCACCAGCGACUACGGCUCAGGGAACUACCCGCCUAUUACGACAUCUACCAAUGGCCGCUGAGCCACGCACGACUUUCUUGUACAACAACAAGAUGUUCGGGGCCAUGGGCUAUCUUAUCGAGGUCUUGACUGGAUCGUGGCUGGGCGAUUUCUUCCGAGAGUACCUGUGGGAGCCCAUGGCCAUGAAUGAGACGUACUUCUCCUUGAAAGACGCCGAACAGAGCGACUUGGUUCUCGCCAAGGAGUACUACUACAAUCCAGAUGAUGGGAGCUACCUGGAAGUACCGCAUGAGCCUUCCUCUGGCGAAGAAGGCGCAGGUUCCAUCGUAUCAAACGUCCUCGACUACGCCAAGUACCUGCACGUCAUGAUGACAGAGUCCGCCCCGAUCUCCAAGAUGGGACAUCGAGAGGUAAAGACGCCGCGUACUUUGGUGGCUCCUGCGAUGGCCCCGUUCACUGGGCCAGUGAGCUACGCUUUAGGAUGGAACACCGCCAUCUUGGGAGGUGAGCAGGUGUAUUUCCACAGUGGUGGAGUCAACAUGUUCAUCUCGAUGAUGAUGAUGAUACCUUCGCAGCAGGUAGGCGUGGUGGUCUUCACCAAUACGGAUGUCAAGGCCCCGCAGCAGGCUUUCCGUCGCAGACAAGCGGAGCGCAUGAGAGAGCUGAGUAGCAGAGUGAACACCGACCAGAAGUCCGACAAUGAGCGGAUCGAGGAGCUUCAGCGUGAGAACAGGCAGUUGCGGGCGCAACUCGUCGAUGUUCAGGCAAGGAUGUCGCGGUUGCUUGCCAACAUUCAGGGUUUGAGCGACUCUGUGUCAAAGACUUUGAAUGAUACAGGAUCUCAAGGCAACAAAGGUUCUGAGGAGACAGAGGACUCUUCAUUGCAACCCUCAACAUACAACAGCAAGCAGAUUUAUGAAGGCCCCGGCUUCACGGGACCAUCUAUGCAGCUUGAGCCUUUCGAUACCUCAUCGCUGAAUUUUGACCCGCCGCUUGCCCACCAUCCUGGCCCAGGUCAAUCUGAGGAUGCAUUUCUAUCAUCGGAACUUAUCAAUGUUACCGGAACCAGCCCCCUCUAUACGCAGAUCCCAAACAUCUGGAGUUUCGAGUAUCAAACUGGAAUAGAGCCGUACCUAACUGCCAUGGCUGCAUCUCAGGAGUCGAGCAUGGCACUGAGAAAAGAUAUGCCCAUAUCAAAUUCGCCGUUCUCGGACCACAUCAAGCUUCUCCAGCAUCUUCUGAAAAGCAAGUUGGCGGCGAAUGGCUUCAAUCCGGACAGCCAACCGUCGAUGCAAAGCAUAUAUCAACCAGUUCUCAUGGUAUUGUCCAUGUUCAACAGCAUGACGCGACCGGAUGUCAUGGCAUGGUAUGCCAAAACGCGCUUCUUCCACAUCAUCGAGCUUACGGCCUGGCAACUCUACCCCUCGCGCGCAACAUUUCAAAAGUUACACCAGCGGUAUCGGCCUACCGACAUGCAAAUGAAGCAUCCGCACCCGCGCGUGAUAGACUGGAUACCAUUUCCCUCGAUCCGGGACCGCUUGAUAGAGCUUCACGCCGCCAAUCCCCUUAUCGACCAAAUCUUUUGCGACGCCGUCUCGGGAUACGUGGUGGAAGCGGUCAUGUCCGAGUUGAUAAGCGAAGCGCCUCAAAUUACGGUUUACGUCCGGGUGACGGAUCUUAUCGCAGCCAUGUCACUAUCAUCCGGUGCCAGCAACAACGAUACCCCCGCCAGUCUGCCCGCACCGGAUAUCACCACUCUCUUCUCGUCUCCGUCCCAUGCUCGCGCGGCGUUCAAGCAGUUGAACAUGGACAAAGGUGCAUCGUACUACAAGAUCGACCCAGCCUUUUACGCCAAGUAUCCGGAACUCUACGAUCAGUCCAACGACCUCACGGCCAACGGCGUACCGCUCAAGCCAAGAUCGCAAAAGGUUCUCACGUACCCCAAACCCCUCGACGACUCCAUGGUCGAGACCUACCGGAGUUUCAUAGACUUCUCCAUGGAUGCCACCAGCACCAUCUCUUCGACGACGGCCCCGUGA